UAAGUACAGCUGGGACCAUAAAAUAACAAGGGAAGAUGGCGUUGAGGCUUUGCAGGAACACGCCGCUUUGUGCUACUUUUACUUCAGCUUGCACAAGAGGAACAUUGUUUAGUUCACUGAAACCUGUUUUGUUUUACAGCACUUCAGUAAUAUCAGCCAAAAAAGAAGUCAACGGAGUCAGUCUGCAUUACCAACAGACAGGAAGAGGAAACCAUGGUGUUUUACUUCUUCCUGGAGCUUUGGGGAGCGGGCAAACUGACUUUGGACCUCAGCUCAAGUCUUUGAAUAAAGACCACUUCACCAUAGUAGCAUGGGACCCCCGAGGAUAUGGGCGCUCUAUACCUCCAAACCGGAACUUCCCACUUGAGUUCUUCCAUCGAGAUGCCAAAGACGCAGUGGAUCUAAUGCAGGCCAGUUCUAAUAUAGGCAAAGCAUUAAACUUUAGUAGAUUUUCCAUGCUGGGGUGGAGUGAUGGCGGAAUAACUGCCCUAAUUGCCGCUGCACAAUAUACCUUUCUCAUCAACAAACUGGUUGUCUGGGGAUCAAACGCUUAUGUCACAGAAGACGAUAUCAAGCUUUAUAAUGCUGUCCGUGAUGUUUCUAAAUGGAGUGAGAGGAUGAGGAAACCCAUGGAGGAGAUGUAUGGUUCAGAAUAUUUUGCUAAAACAUGGGCUGCUUGGGUGGACGGCAUUUGUCAGUUUGCUAAGAGACCAGAUGGUAACAUUUGUCGGGAGGUGUUACCGCAGAUCCACUGCCCAACAUUAAUUGUUCAGGGGCUAAAGGAUCCCAUGGUCCCAAACUUUCAUGCAGAAUUUCUUCACAAACACAUCAAAGGCUCACGGUUGCACCUGAUGCCAGAGGGCAAGCACAAUUUACAUCUGAGGUUUUCAGAAGAAUUUAACCAGAUAGUUGAAGAAUUUCUGCUGCAGUGACACAGUAGACUGUGCAAUUAAACAUUGAAUCUUGAAUGUUGUUCAUUUAAAGCUGUUUUGCUUUCUCCUUAUUCGUCUUCAAACAUCAUAACUAUUUCAAGAACAUGUACAAACAUGGUGAGGUCUUAAUGUGUUUUGUUGUGUUACAAUAUCAGUAUAUUAUCCAGGACUGCCACUUGCUGUUGAAAUGUGUGUAUCUGUAUUAUAAUGUAUGUUCAUAAUAUGAUCCAUAACUAUUAAACACCCAAUAGUGAUAAAUACUGCAAGAAACAUAAUAUAUUCAAGGACAAUCCCAGUAGAGGUCUCUCAGUGUUUUCAGUAUGCCCAUAAUAUACCUAACAGUGAAUCUAGAUGGUCGUGAACAACUAACAUCAAAAUGUGACAGCAAAUGAAGGGCACACAACACAUUACUACCAAAUCAUAUUGUAAGUAUGGCCCUUCUUUCAUAGGAGGAACUAUCUGUCUAUCCUUUCAUAUAUUACUGUGGUUUAAAUCGACCCAUGCCUUAAAAUGUUUGUCCUUGAUUCUUUUCAUGUCUUGCUUUUUGCAUAUAUUCACUGUGUUAUAAUUGCAUUACAAUACAUUUUAAAGAA